GAUUGCUCGUCAUGACCACCUUGCAGUUUCAACCGCUGCAGUCUCAACCAACUCCUGAGUUCUGGGCAUCUCUCACUUCCCUCAAGCUCGAUAAACUAGGUCUAGACGACUCCGUCCUCCCCAUCUACGCUGUUGUCGACGAGGGCCGCCAGAUCUUGGCUCAUGUCACUUCCAAAGAGCCUCAGAGCCCCGCAAGUGACGUUCAUCAACAUCUUGUCCACGGAGGCGUCAUUCUCUCAGCCGCGGCCUUUGAGAAGCCCAAAGCGCCCAACGCGCAUCAGCACUCCGUAAUCAUCGAGGGCGAGUUCAAGAACUUCAAUACCGUCGAGGAGUUUCGUUCCCCACAGCCCAAAAAGGCUCUAUUCGACUCUGUAGUGGCACGGAUGGUCGAGUCGUUUGCAACAGACAGGCCUGUCUUGAACAGGUUUGUCAUGUUUGCGUUCGCCGACCUCAAGAAGUACGUUUACCACUAUCGUUUCGCUUUCCCUGCGCUCGUCUCGAAACCUGCCUGGCAAGUGGACGGGUCAUUUGAAUAUGCCGCGCGUACUGAUGUGGACGAAGUUCGAAAGUUACUCACGCACAAUACCGACUGCUCUGAUGCGUAUCUCGUCAAAGGCCCUCCAGGCCAGCGCCGGCUUGCGCCUAUCACGCGCGCCAAGUCAUUCUUUGACGGCGUCCCCGAUGCAGAGAGGAUGCUGGUCUUCCACGAUCCUUCAGCUCUACCUGACAAUCCGGGAUGGUUGUUGCGCAACGUACUAUACUAUCUGCAAGUACACCAGGGCAUCCUCAAGGUUACCGUCCUCUGCCUCCGGCAAGGCGACGCCAGCCGCACGGCGGCACUAUUCACAACCAAGCCAACCGCUCCGCACGCCAUGCUUCAAGCGGUAGGAUGGGAGCGUGAUCAUAACGGGGCUCUUAACAGCAAGCGGGCGGACCUCGGGUCAUCGCUCAAUCCUACCCGUCUUGCCGAGCAGGCAGUUGAUCUGAACUUAAAGCUGAUGCGCUGGCGCAUUAUGCCCGAGCUGGACCUGGACAAGGUGUCCUCGACGAGGUGCCUACUCUUGGGCGCAGGAACCCUGGGAUGCUAUGUUGCCCGUGCUUUGAUGGGAUGGGGCAUCAGGACGAUCACCUUUGUUGACUCUGCUCGGGUGUCGUUCUCGAACCCCGUGCGACAGCCCCUGUUUCGAUUCGAGGACUGUCUUGAUGGAGGCAAACCGAAGGCUGCGUGCGCUGCGGAACGCCUCAAAGAGAUUUUCCCUUCCGUCAACGCUGCCGCUCACGCGUUCAUGAUUCCCAUGCCAGGACACCCAGUGGGCCCACUGGAGUCUGCACCUGGUGCCAAGCAAAGUGUUGAGCUCUUGGAGAGUCUCAUCUCGAACCACGACGUUAUCUUCCUCCUGAUGGAUUCUCGAGAGUCUCGGUGGCUUCCCACUCUGAUCGCCGCCAGCCAAGGUAAACUGGUUAUUAACGCAGCACUCGGGUUUGACAGCUACCUUGUCAUGCGCCACGGCGUAGGGGCCUACGAGAGUCAUCCAAAUCGCCUCGGCUGUUACUUCUGUAAUGACAUUGUCGCGCCCGCCGAUGUGAGGCUCGCGUGCGACACAACUUCUGACAAGCAGUCAUUAACCGACCGUACACUAGAUCAAAUGUGCACUGUCACCCGGCCGGGAAUUGCUCCUAUUGCUGCAGCCUCCGCUGUAGAGAUGCUGGCGGCCGUUGUUCAACACCCUCUCGGGCGAGGCGCCCCCGCCGAGCGACCGAGUCCAACGAUUUCAGAAUCUCAGCCUGGGUCUCCACUUGGACCAGUGCCCCAUCAGCUGCGGGGUACUCUUAGCCAGUGGAACACGUCUAUUGUGGAAGGCUACGCAUUUGAGCGUUGCACUGCGUGUAGUGCAAAGGUAGUGCAAGCGUAUCGGGAUGGUGGAGUGGGGUUCCUUUAUCAAGUGUUCAAUGAGCAAGGUCAUCUAGAGAAGGUGACUGGUCUGGACAAGUUGUAUGAGGAGGCUGAGGCAGCGUUGAACUCGGUCGACUGGGAGGAGGCCAGUGACUCCUCACUCCAAUGAAUAACUUGUUACGUAAUUACAGGAGUAUUUGUUCCCGUUCCUCGGCGUCGAUGUAAACAAACAACGUUGUUGUCCC